UAACAAACACGCUCAAACCCAUUUACAGCAAUCAGUGUAAUCAGCUUUGAGGCUUUGUGUGACCCAGUUGGAAGUCACAUUUACUCCGCCUGCUUCUUCCUUAUCCGGGAGCUAUCAGUCAUCAUCCCCCUCCCCAUCCACCUGCAUUAAGGAGUUGCAGCUACAUCACCCGUUUUCUUUCCUUAGUUUGAACAGUUUCUGAAGUUGGAACAUCUUAUUUUAGUUUGCUGAAUAGGUUCUGAAGAAGUGAUAUCUUGUUUAAUGUCAAACUUCGUUUGUGAACUGCGACGCAAAGAGGAACAACUAAAAGCAAGCUGAACAUGACAGCAGUUGGUAGCAGAAGAAAAGAGACGGGUUUCAAAAACAUUAUACUUUAACACCGAAUAAUCCUUCUGUUGGGCUUUUAAGGAAGGCUGUAAAGAGAAGAACUGUUUUGAUUACAAAACAGAUCUUAAAAUGAGGACCGUGCCUUACUUCGGGUAAUAACUUGCGGAAAAUGUUGCAUCAUUUUACUGAAGGAAUGCCAUACAGUCUUCCAAAACUUUGUUUUUAAAGCUGUCGAGACUUAAUUCCAAUGUGCUAUAACUCGACACCGUAAAAUUAAACUGACAGUCAUAAGCGGACCGGUGAUCCGCUGUAGCGACCCCUAACCGGGAAAAACCGAAAAACGUUACUUUUUAUUACAUAAUAUGCCUGAACAGAAGACGAGCUCACAGAAGCCCGUUUAACUCUUAAGGUGCACUGGAUUUCAAAUACCUGUCGAAGUGGGUGGUGGCGCUGUCCAACGUCCUGAACCGAAUAAUCUGUACAGACCAAGUUCUGUCUAGUCUGUUUUAGGACAGUGAACACUUUUGGUGAAACUAUGUGAUUUUUCAGAACACAAACGAAACCGGACUAUUAUUUUUACUGAACAAGUGUGAUUAAAACAUGUAGUCAUCUAUACAGGAAGAGACCUGGACUGUUACUUAUCCAGAUUUAUAAUCGCAAAGGAUCGUUUAACUUCAUCAGCUUGUUGGGUAGUUUGUUGGAGCCAUGGUCACUAAUUGCACUAUUAAUGAUACUACACCGCUACUUUCCGAAAACAUCCAUUACAACUUUCCAGUGUUGAUUUUCGGGAUAUUUAUAAUUAUAUUCAUCAUCGGUGGUAACGUUUUGGUUUGCAUCAGUGUCUGCACAGAAAGAGCUUUAAAAACAACAACCAACUACUUCAUAAUGAGUUUGGCUGUAGCUGACCUUCUGCUUGCUGUGUUGGUAUUACCGCUGUACGUCUACUCUGAGUUUCAGGAAGGCAUAUGGUCCCUGAGCACUGCCCUCUGUGAUGCUUUGAUGACAAUGGACGUGAUGCUUUGUACUGCAUCUAUUUUUAACCUGUGUGCAAUCAGUGUUGACAGGUUCAUUGCUGUAUCUAUUCCAUUGACAUAUAACAGGCGUCAGAUAGAUCAUCGCCAAAUAUUUCUUAUCUCAACCACAUGGAUUGUUGCAUUUGCUGUUGCAUGUCCAGUCAUUUUUGGUAUAAACAAUGUAACAAGAAGGGACCCUUCUGUUUGCCAGCUGGAAGACAACAAUUACAUAAUUUAUUCAUCAAUUUGCUCAUUUUUUAUUCCCUGCCCAAUCAUGCUUUGUUUGUAUUGCUGGAUGUUUCGGGGCUUGAGGAAAUGGGAAGGAGCAAGAAAGGCCAAGUUAAGGAACAACAUGCAUGCGUUUAGGAAGAUCCAGGGUGGCCACAUGUUGGCACCGUGUCCCUCCCCAGUAAUGGAAAAGAAACCAGUGGAUGCAAAUCUAGAUGGGCUGAACAUUUAUACACAUACAGAGUGUACCUUCCCAGCUGGAUAUCUCAACAGACCUGUACAGACUGUGGCCUUUCCUGAGAUGAAGUACACUCAUGUGAUUUCCCUAAAGAAACAUGCCAAAAUUAAUGGGAGGGAGAGGAAGGCCAUGAAGGUAUUGCCAGUUGUUAUAGGUGCUUUUCUCUUUUGCUGGACACCCUUCUUUGUGGUUCAUAUAACAAGAGCACUAUGUGACUGCUGUGAUAUCCCUGCCUGGUUGGUCAGUACUGUUACCUGGCUAGGCUACGUGAACAGUGCCCUCAAUCCAAUUAUUUAUACUGUUUUCAACACUGAAUUCAGAAACUACUUUAACAAAGUCUUGCACGCUUGCUGGAAAUGCUCUUGAUUUCUUUUAA